CUCCGUCCAACUCAAUCAAAUCCCAUUUCAACUAUCUACACUCAAUCCAUUAUCGACAUGUCUGACGUCGACAAGUCCAACGCUGGAGCCAAACCUGGUGGUGGCUGGACAGACAAGGAGCGCCUCGUCUACCUCUAUGCCCUAGUCGAGCAGACUGGUAUCAAGCCCGACUACAAGAACACUCCCCGCCCUAAUAACCGCACUGAGCUUGCCUGCGAGCGCAUGAUCGGUAGGCUUAAGAAUACACUCAAGGACGAACUCGACGCUCUUAAGGCGGGAACCUACGGCGGCGAUGAAGUCGUGACUCCCCGCAAGCGCAAGACCCCCGCGAAAGACAAGAGCAAGGAUGACCAGGUCAAUGGUGACGCUGAUGGUUCUCCCAAGAAGCGCGGACGCAAGAAGAAGGUGGACAUCGAGGCUGCCAAGAAGGAUGCCGCAGACGCUGAUGCCAAGAUGAUGAGUGAGGACAUUUGA